GGCUGGCCUUGCUCCAGGGAAGGUAGAAAAUUCUCGAGUUUAGGGUUUUCUUACUGUGUGUUUAUACCUCUUUUCCUAUGGAAAUAUAAAAUGGGGUAAUGGAAGACGACUGUGAAAGAAAAAAAUAAGUCACCCGCGUCACCAGUCCCUCAGUUUCUUUUGGCCAUAACAAUUUCACCGGUGAGAAGUUGCAUGAGUCAAUUACAUUCUGAAUGAGUGAUCGAAAGCACGAUGUCUGUUCAUAUGAACACCCCAAAUCAUCUUGGCCUGGCCUGCUGCUUAUUUCACCGCCACUCAUCUUAUUCCAGCGUCAGCAGAUAUAACCUGACUGAGUUUUGCCUCCAGUGUAUGCCUCAGGCUUCUCACCUUCUGCUUCAAGACAGAGUCAAGCGGAACAUCCUGGCCAUGGGCGAGAAGACCGGUAUGACCAGGAACCCCCAUUUCAGCCACGACAACUGGAUCCCGACGUUUUUCAGCACCCAGUAUUUCUGGUUCAUCUUGAAGGUCCGUUGGCAGCGACUAGAGGACAUGACUGAGCUAGGGGGUCUGGCCCCAAACUGCCCGGUGGUCCGCCUCUCAGGACAGAGGUGCAACAUUUGGGACUUUAUGCAAGCCAAUAGGCCACUGGUGCUGAAUUUUGGAAGUUGUACCUGACCUUCAUUUAUGUUCAAAUUCGACCAAUUCAAGAGGCUUAUUGAAGACUUUAGUUCCAUAGCAGAUUUUCUCAUCAUUUACAUUGAAGAAGCACAUGCAUCAGAUGGCUGGGCUUUUAAGAACAACAUGGACAUCAGAAAUCACCGGAACCUUCAGGACCGCCUGCAGGCAGCCCAUCUACUGCUGGCCAGGAGCCCCCAGUGCCCUGUGGUGGUGGACACCAUGCAGAACCAGAGCAGCCAGCUCUACGCAGCACUGCCUGAGAGGCUCUACGUAAUCCAGGAGGGCAGGAUCCUCUACAAGGGAAAAUCUGGCCCUUGGAACUACAAUCCAGAGGAAGUUCGUGCUGUUCUGGAAAAGCUCUACAGUUAAUCUGGACAGAUACCUCAAUUCUAGGUGACCAACGGGAGGGCUUCUCAAGGCUUGGCUCUCCCUGAGACCCAGCUGGCUUUUACCUUUGACCUGUGUCCCUAGCUGAAUUGCUAGCUCAGAUUUUUCUAAUCUAAGCAAACAAGUCCCAGCUGAGGAAUGCAAGCCACAGCACCCAAUCAAGACAAACUGUUAUUAUCAGAAAAUGAAGCCACAUUUGAGCUGUUCAGGCUAGUUCCCUGUUGAAGAAAGUACAGCCUGACACUGCUCCCACUGUGGAGACCACAUUCCCUGCACACCAUCUUUGAGAGAGCAGUUGCACUGUACAGGCACACUUCUGAGGUACGGUAUCUCUCUCCAGCCACUCUGAUAUCACGUAAUUCAAGCUGGCAUUCCUUCUACUAGGGAAAUUCAUUUUACCCAAUUUGCAUUUAUGGAAUUGAUCAUUUAAGACACUAAAUUAGUUUUUAGAACCAAGUAUGGGAAGAAUUCCAGUUGUUAGGAAGAGAUGAGGAGUUGGAAGAGGAGGGAUUAGAAACAGGAGGAGGCAGUCAUCCUCUCCUUGCCAAAAGAUUUAAACCUGUCCACAUUUUGCUGGUGAUGAUGGGUGAGUUUCCAUGGUAACACAUCUCUAAUUUUACCAGGGAAGAGGAGAGUACUCACUUUACCAUCUUUGAAUAUAUUUCAUAGAAAUCUAGCUCUCUGUACCCUGAAAUCUUCCACUAGCCUCACUUUUCAACAGUCAUCUAGAAGGGAGGGUUGGCUUCCCAAAAGCAUAACCUUGACCAAACCAAACAAUAGGCACCAGCAAUGCUGUCAUUCAGUUAUGCAGAAGCUCAUAUGUGAAAGUCUGUUUCUCUGAUUUCUUCGCAAGUCUCUUAAUGGUCAUUUGUGUUAGAUUACAUCAAACUGACGGAUAACCAUUGGUAUUCAUCUAUUUCAACUCUGUGUCUUUACAUAUUUGUUUAUGAUGGCCACAGCCUAAAGUACACACGGCUGUGACUUGAUUCAAAAGAAAAUGUUAUAAGAUGCAGUAAGCUAAUAACAGAAUGAUUAAAAUAUAUCAGGCUA